AUGGCACUGAAGCUUGACAUGGCCAAGGCUUUUGAUCGGGUUGAGUGGGUUUUUAUCCAUCGAGUAAUGGAGAAGUUUUCUUUUCCUCAGCGCUUCAUUGACCUUGUCCUUGCCUGUGUCUCUUCUGCAACUUUUUCCUUCUCCAUUAACCAACAGGUUCUUGGACACAUUAAGCCUUCCCGAGGAAUUCGGCAAGGGGAUCCGCUGUCCCCUUACUUAUUUCUUUUAUGCUCUGAAGGCCUAUCAACUCUCAUUCACCUUAAAACUCAACAGCCCCAGCCCCACAGACAUUCACUUGGAAUAAAAAUCUCCAGGAGAGCCCCAGCUAUUUCUUACCUUUUCUUUGCUGAUGAUAGCCUCCUUUUUAGCCCUGCUUCCCCCGAAGCUGGGACUACCAUCAAGACAAUUCUCACUGAUUAUAGCUCAGCCUUUGGUCAAAUGGUUAAUUUUACCAAAUCAGCCUUGUUCUUUUCGCCAAAUACCACUAAUGAGAUCAAAAACAAUGUUGCUACUAUCCUUGGCAUCCCUGUUAGAGAUAGUUUUGACAAAUAUUUAGGCCUUCCUCAAACUUUUGGCAGAACAAAAAAGGAGGCAUUUAACUACAUCAGGGAUCGGGUUUUGUCUCACCUUAAUAAAUGGAAUUCCAAGAUUUUUUCUAAAGGGGGUAAAGAAGUCCUCUUGAAAUCUGUUGUCCAAGCCAUCCCCUCCUACGUUAUGGCUUGUUUCAAGCUCCCUGCCUCUUUUCAUUAUAAGCUUGAAUCCAUGAUGGCCCGAUUUUGGUGCGGCGGAACGGAGCACAAUCGUAAAAUCCAUUGGAAACAAUGGUCUUUCCUCUGUCGUUCAAAAUUCCAUGGAGGCCUUGGGUUUUGCUCAAUGAAAGCUUUCAAUCAGGCGAUUUUCCUUGAUGCUGGAAAGGGCCAUAGGCCUUCUCUUGUUUGGACUAGUAUCACUAGUAUCACGUGGGGCGAAGAAGUUCUCCAGUCAGGUCUUCGAAGAUCAAUUGGUGAUUGUACCACAAUCUCCAUUUUUAACGAUGCCUGGAUUCCAGGAUAUGGUAAAUUACAUUACCUUAGACAUCACUCAGCUGCAAAUAUGACAGUGUCAUAUCUUCUCACCCCUACCAAGGAUUGGAACCUUGCCCUUAUUCAAGCCACUUUUCGUGAAGAUGUAUCUCAAGCUAUUUUGACCACACCUCUUUCCAAUCUUCCUACACCUGAUGCAUAUUAUUGGUCCUUUACAUCUCAUGGCACCUACACGAUUUGGAACUGCAGGAACAGUUGGCUACAUGCUGGUUUAUCUUCUCUUCCUGUUCAGCUCUCGGUGGAUGCUGCACAAGAUGUUCAACAACACAAAAUGGGGUUCGGCAUGUCCAUUCAAACAAACAAAGGAGAAGUUCUUUUAAAUUUGGCCAUGCCUUGGAGUGGAAUUCAUCCACCUCUGUUAAUGGAAGCUCAUGCUUUAUACUUUGCUCUUUCUUGGUGUCAUGCUCAUUCCUUUUAUCCGGAUAGCAUUGUCUCGGACUGUAAGGUUCUAGUGGAUUAUAUUUGUAAUAAUGAUACUCACAAUCUGCAUCUUAAUAGCUCUGUAAUUGAAAUCAAAAGCUUGCUAUCUUAUUUCCCUAAAGCUUUUAUUAGCUAUAUCCAAAGAGGGGCAAAUGAAGCUGCCCAUUGUUUACCUAGGAAAGCUUUAGGCCUAGAUCAAGAAGCUUUAUGGAAGAGUUGCUCCUUACACUUAAGCCCCCCUCCCCUAACCCUUCUUCUUCUUCUUCCUCUCGACAGAAACCUUGACAGAGUAGCCUCUGAGCAUGAGCUUGCAGACUACAAGGCGUCCAAUGCGAGAAGUGGGCCCAACGACGAGAACUGUGGUGUUCUGGGCACCAGGAAUGGCAAACUCGCACAUGGGUCCUUCCCUAAUGAGAAGAGCAUCGAGUGCAGCCCUCUGGUCUGCUCUGCUAGUGCUCGAAAUCUGGCCCAGUCCAGAGAACUUAUGCCAAACCUCAUCGAACAGCUGACGGGAUCGGCGACCCAGUCUGACAAGAUUCACAUCCUCAAGAUCCAGACGAAGCUACUGCUUUUGAUGCUCUUCUUGAGCAACAACACUAGUAGUAGGAGUAGUUGUUGUAGAAGAAGAAGAAGAAGAAGGAAGGGUCUAUUGAGUUUGGUCAUGAUUUUAGGUUUCUUCUUGUCGUUUUUGUUCUUGAUUCUCUUCUUGUUAUUGGGUGGUUUAUUAUUACCAGAAGUGUCCGGAGAAGAAUAA